UUUGUUGUUUACUUGGUUAUCAAAAAACCUCAUCUCUCUGUCUCUGUGUGUGUCUAGAAUACAAUGGCCACAAAUUCUCUCCAAUCUCUGAAAUACAGCCACCGCACACCGCCACUUAGACGACGCCACUCACUAGACUCUCCGCCACCCACACUACUACUUACCCCAAAGCCAAACACAGGCAACCAGACGAUCUCCAGCUCCUCCACCACCGUAAAAACAUACUCUCUCUCCUCCUCCUCCACAACCACCGCCCAAUCCACCACCUCGUUCGACCUCCUCCGCCGCCUCCUCGACGCCAACGACUUCCGUGAAGCCGACGAGGAAACCCGGCGCCUCAUCAUCGCACUCGCCGGCGAAGCUGCACAGAAACGCGGAUACGUCUUCUUCUCUGAAGUCCAAUUUAUUGCGGAAGCUGAUCUGAAAACAAUUGACCAGCUGUGGCGGAACCACAGCAACAAUAAGUUCGGGUACAGCGUACAGAAACGACUGUGGGAGAAAGCAGACAAAGAUUUCACCAAAUUCUUCAUAAAAGUGGGAUGGAUGAAGAAGCUGGAUACUGAAGUGUUGCAAUACAACUACCGGGCUUUUCCGGAUGAGUUCACGUGGGAGUUGACCGAUGAGACCCCCGAAGGUCACCUGCCGUUGACGAAUGCCUUGAGAGGGACGCAGCUGCUCAGUUGCAUUCUCAGCCACCCGGCAUUUGCAACUCAACAAGAAGAAACACCUCUUCUUGAAGAAGAAGAAGAAGAACAAAAACAAAGUAAGCUGCCAGUUGGCAAAGGCCUCUUUAAAACAAAUUACAGUUUUUGAUGUGCAGUACUUGUUUCUACUGUACAACCAACUAUUUCACAAGAAUUGCGCUAGGCAGACAUGUUUCUCCAAUUGUAAGGGUGUUUAUUUUUUUGACAGAAUUAUAUAUUAAAUCUUCUCCUUUUGGGGUUUCUCUA